UUUAUGAAACCCUAAACCCCUACAGGCAGUCGCUUUUGCUCUCCUCGAAGCCUCGCGUCGUGGCGACACUGCCUCAUUCUCAUCAAAUUCUCCAUUACGCAUCCGCUUCGACUUGUGAUUGUUUUGGGGAAUUGUUCGUGCGAGACGGUGCAUUGCGUUUUCCCAGAGUUAUUGCGACAAUGAGGCCUCCAUUAACGAGAGGAGGAGGAGGAGGAGGCAGGGGCGGCUUCCGUGGAGGACGGGGAGGAGGGAGAGGCGAUGGGGGAGGUCGCGGGGGCGGGCGGGGUUUCGGAGGAGGCCGUGGAGGGAGAGGAGGCGACAGAGGCGGGCGAGGAAUGCGGGGCGGUGGUAGAGGAGGAGGAAGAGGUGGUGGUGGCAUGAAGGGAGGAGCCAAGGUCAUUAUCGAGCCGCACAGACACGAGGGAGUGUUUGUUGCCAAGGCCAAGGAAGACGCGCUCGUGACGAAGAAUCUGGUUCCUGGCGAGAGUGUGUAUGGAGAAAAACGCAUUUCGGUCGAUAACGAGGACGGAACCAAGACGGAAUAUCGAGUGUGGAACCCCUUCCGGUCCAAGCUCGCGGCUGCUAUUUUGGGAGGUGUGGACAACAUCUGGAUCAAGCCUGGUGCUCAUGUCUUGUACCUCGGAGCUGCUUCGGGAACAACGGUUUCUCACGUUUCUGACGUAGUGGGACCUUCGGGCAUAGUGUACGCGGUUGAAUUCUCACACCGCAGUGGGCGAGACCUCGUGAACAUGGCUAAGAAGCGAACUAAUGUCAUUCCUAUUAUUGAAGAUGCUAGGCACCCGAUGAAGUACCGUAUGUUGGUCGGUAUGGUAGAUGUGAUCUUUGCCGAUGUUGCGCAGCCUGAUCAAGCUCGAAUUGUAGCAAUCAAUGCGCACAACUUUUUGAAGAACGGUGGUCACUUCGUCAUCUCUAUUAAGGCGAAUUGUAUCGACUCAACAGUGCCUGCCGAGGCUGUUUUCGCUUCGGAAGUGAAGAAGUUGCAGAAGGAGCAGUUCAAGCCUGCUGAGCAAGUUACUCUUGAGCCUUUUGAAAGGGACCAUGCUUGUGUAGUUGGUACUUAUCGUGCACCUAAGAAGGCUAAGCCAGCUUCCGGUGCAUAGGUAUGGCGUUACUCUUAGUUAGGUUUUAGUUUAUACAUGGUUAUUCUCUUUGGAAUAGAACCGAUUUUCACCCAGAGAGCGCAUGUCCUGUUACAGCUUCUGUCAAGACAUCGUUUAUAAUUUUAGUCUCAUUGGUGGUCAUUGGUGCAUACUCUCGUGGAUUCUAUUCCUAUUUUUUUAAACUGGCGGCAUAGUUAACACAGUUUCUUGAGCAGCAUCACCACCACGAUGAGAUUGAUCGUGCAUGAG